CCACGUACACUUUUCUGCUCCCCAAAUCGCUCUCUCUCUCUCUCCCGGACACGGAGAUCGAGAAGCAUAAAACAAACUACUCAGUCAUUAAGAGGUUGUAUGAGCGGAAAAACAUAAAAAACAAUCUAGGGUUUCCAAUUCUCUCUCCCCACCCUUGCUCCCUCUCUCUCUUCCAAUUUCUUUCCCUCCAAACGCUAUUUCUCCGUCUUCUUUUUGUACUCUUUUCCCGGGAAAAUUUGAUUAGGAUUCUCAUUCUUUGCCGCCUCCGGUGAUCUCUUCACUUUCUCGUUUCUUUCGUGGGAAAUUGUUUUUUCUUUUUUGUUUUCUCUCGGGAAACUUCGCCUCAAUUUUACCCGCAUCGGUUUUUCAAAGCCCAGGAGUCUUAGGUGUGAUUGAGGAAGGAAAGGAUUUGCUAACUGAAAAGAUCUGUAGAUUCAAUUGAGAGAGGAGAAAUUGAGAGCUUCAAGGGAAAAGGCUCUCUUUGAUUGCUAUGUGAACUGGGAUCGUUUUUUGUUGAAAGUAUUUAGUUUUGAAUGAUAACGGGUCCAUGGAUUUGGAAGUAUUUUCGACUCAGGCUUCACCGUCGAGGGAUUUGGUGAAGUGUUGUAAUUGUGACUGCAGUUGUUCUUUAAUAACCGGUUCAUCUUCAGGGUCUUGGAUCAGGUCUGUUAAAAGAAAACAUGAUGAGUUUGAGGAGGGAAAUCGGUUUUAUAUACCUGGCUUUGAUUCCUUCUCGAACCCACGAGUACAGAUUGAGAAUGAAUGUGCUGCUUUGCGUGAGAUGGUUUCUAGCCAACAGCAGACGGUGCAGGAUUUGUACACGGAAUUGGAAGAGGAAAGGAAUGCUGCUUCUUCAGCCGCAAAUGAAGCCAUGUCAAUGAUAUUGAGGUUGCAGAGGGAGAAGGCAGAGAUCCAAAUGGAGGCAAGGCAAUUUAAGCGGUUUGCUGAGGAAAAGAUGGGGCAUGAUCAGCAGGAGAUUUUGGCUCUGGAAGAUCUUUUGUACAAGAGAGAGCAGGCUAUUCAAUCACUUACUUGUGAAAUUCAGGCUUACAAGUAUAGGAUGAUGAGUUAUGGCCUUACAGAGGCAGAGGCAGAGGGUGAGGGGGGUGAGAGGGGUGGGUUUAGCCGCAACACAAGCAUGAAUGAAAGUUUGGUUGCGGCUCAAUUAGAGUUUCCAGUUUAUGAAUACCCACCCCUGAAAUGCAAUUUGAAUGAAAAUCCAAAUCCCAUGGAGGGUGAAGAUGAUAUUGUGGAUGUUGAGAAAUAUGCAUUCAGUGAGACCCCACAUGGUCGGGAGCAGUUGAAGAACUUGGAAUAUAGGAUCUAUCAGAUGGAGAGAAGCCCACGCAACAUUCAGCAGGAUGGUGAUUUUUCUGGUACAAAGAAUAUUCUUGAGAAGGUGGUAGUUGGCCACUCUCCUAGGCGAUCAAGGCACAGCAGGAGGUUCUCUGCAGAUAGUUCAAGUUCAUUGAUGGGGAUGUCCAGAGAAGUUGGUCCAGAUUUUGUCACUGAAUCUCCAAGAUGCAGGUUAAGCAAUAGCUUUAAGAAGACGGAUUGUGUUUUGCAAGUGGAAGAUUACACAGAUUCAAGAAAGAGGGAUAAUUCAUCGGAAUUUAGAGAUGACAUGAGUGACAGAGUUUAUACCAUCGAUUCUAUCCAUAACGGGGUCUCACAGAAUGGUGUUACAGAACCAAAAGCUGGAAUUGGGAUUUAUGAAGAGUAUCUUUCAACUCCCAAAGAAACAUUGGAUCAACCUGAUGUUAGUGAUCCUGACAUAAAAAAGCUCUACAUGAGACUUCAGGCACUUGAGGCUGACAGGGAAUCUAUGAGGCAAGCAAUUAUUUCAAUGCGGACUGAUAAAGCCCAAAUGGUAUUGUUGAAAGAGAUAGCUCAACAUCUGUGCAAGGAAAUGUCUCCAGAAAGAAAAUUGCCUGUGAAGAAGCCAUCUCUUCUUGGAAACUUUUCCUUCAUGUCAAUCUUUAAGUGGGUUGUGUCCUUUGUUUUCUGGAGAAAGAAAGCUCAACGAAGCAAGUAUAUGUUUGGGCUGUCCGCCACCAAUGUUGGUUUGCUAAUGCUUCUAGACAAAGGCCCCAGCACAAGGCAAUGGAGAUGUCUCAUGAGCACACAAGUGUGAAACCAUCAGUCAAAAUUCCUUUACCCAUUUGAAGCCAAUGUUCUUAUUGUGAAGACGCAGUCACGUUGCUGCCCUGAUUUGUUAUGUGCUUCCGCAAAAUUCAGUGUUUUGUGCAGUGUUUUUUGAUUUCAUAUUAUCUGGAUUGAAUGUAUUCUUUUCUGGGUGAUUAGGGAAGCAUGAAUUUAGAAUGGGCAUGCCUGCCUGUGUAGUUGAAAUCUAGCUUGAAUUGAGGUAUCCGUCUUCUGACAGCCAGCCCUCUACUGUAUAUUUCAGAAUUCAGAUUCCUGUACGAUUUCCCAUUUAAAUACGCAAUGGCUAUUCUUUUUUUCAUUUGA